AUCUUUCCAGGCGAACAAAAACUCCUUAUUUAGUUAUUUAUAGCGGCCACGCCCCGAGGUUUUCUUUCAUAAAUCAACAACUGUCAUUGAGGAUGGCUGCUACCAAGAGAACCGUGGGUUUCGUUUUGAUGCUGGCUUUCGUCGGUGUCUCUCUCGGUGCGGUUCACAGAGUGGGUGACUCCACUGGAUGGACGAGUCUCGGCAAUAUUGACUACCUCAAAUGGGCUUCCUCCAAGUCUUUUCACGUCGGCGACUCUCUUCUUUUCGCCUACAACCCACAGUUCCACAACGUGAUGCAAGUGACCCACAACGAUUACAAGUCAUGCAACGGAACAUCGGCCAUCGCCUCCUACACCUCCGGAUCUGACUCCGUGACCCUCAAAAGACCCGGCCAUUUUUAUUUCCUUUGCGGCGUCCCAGGACACUGUCAAGCCGGCCAGAAAGUCGAUGUGUUGGUUAAACCGUCAUCCAAAGGCCCAGCCGCAAGUCCUAGCCCUUCUACAUUGGGUUCGUCUCCUGCAAACUCACCAUCAGAAAUGGUGAGUGCACCUGGCCCUGCACAGAGCAGUGCCCUGUCUCUCGUCUCCUCCGGGGUUUUGGACCUCAUCGCAGUUUGUAUCGUUGCUUUUGCCUUCAACUUCUAGGCUUGCGGUGCUUAUGAAUUUGUGUUUAGAGCUUGGACUACAUCGGAGCAGCGUAUCAUGUUUAGGUCAUAUAGUACGAUUGUAUUAAUUAGGCUUUGUUGAUUUACCGGAUGAAAUUUAUGUUUAAAAUUAA